GGGCAGGGCGAACCUGCCAGUGACUGGACUCAGCUUUGCAUAGCAAUACACAGCUUUGCGUAACCAAUACAGGAAGGCAUUUAAAGGCGCCUCUGCUGCCACAGACCUUGCAGUUAACUCCGCCCUGACCCACGCUUCUCAAUGCAGUCCCUGAUGCAGGCUCCCGUCCUGAUCGCCCUGGGCUUGCUUUUCGCGGCCCCUGCGCAAGCCCACCUGAAAAAGCUUGGUAGCUUCUCCUGGGAUAACUGUGAUGAAGGAAAGGACCCUGCGGUGAUCAGAAGCCUGACUCUGGAGCCUGACCCCAUCCUCAUUCCUGGGAAUGUGACUGUCGGUGUCGUGGGCAGCACCAGUGUUCCUCUGAGUUCUCCUCUGAAGGUGGAGUUAGUUCUGGAGAAGGAAGUGGCUGGCCUCUGGAUCAAGAUCCCAUGCACAGACUACAUUGGCAGCUGUACCUUUGAAGACUUCUGUGAUGUACUUGACAUGUUAAUUCCUACUGGGGAGCCCUGCCCAGAGCCCCUGCGUACCUAUGGGCUUCCUUGCCACUGUCCCUUCAAAGAAGGAACCUACUCACUGCCCAAGAGCGAAUUCGUUGUGCCUCACCUGGAGCUGCCCAGUUGGCUCACCACUGGGAACUACCGCAUAGAGAGCAUCCUGAGCAACCGUGGGAAGCGUCUGGGCUGCAUCAAGAUCGCUGCCUCUCUAAAGGGCGUAUAACGUGGCAUCUGCCACAGCAGAAUGGAGCAGUGUGAGGAAGGUCACUUUUCCUCUGUUUUGUGUUUGCCAAGGCCAAACUCCCCCUCUCUGCCCCCCUUUAAUCCUCUUUCUACAAUGAGUCCGCUACGCUCACUGAAAAUCAUUUUGUGCCACUUACAUUUUAGGCUGGGACAAGCAGCCCUGACCUAAGGGAGGAUGAGUUGGGCAGUUCUUGAUAGCCCGGGGCAUCUGCUGGGCUGACCACGUUACUCAUCCCGGUUAACAUUCGCUCUUUCUCUCUAAAGAGCCUCGUUCAUUUCCAAAGCAGUUAAGGAAUGGGAACCAGAGUGUUUUAGGACCUGAAGAAUCUUUAUGACUUUCUCUCUCUCA